GUUCCAAUUCACAAACUUUCACUAUCAAAUUUCAUCAUUCUGGUAAGUUUGUUGAUAUUGGUGGAAUCAAACAAUAUAUGGGUGCUAAUAUUGGUGUUGGUCAUGUUAAUUUUUGUGAUCCGGAUGAGGUGUCGAUGCUUGAGUUAGUAAGCAUGUGUGAUGAGUUGGGUUUACAUGGAGUGAAAGCAUUUCAUUGCAACCUGGAUGAGAUUAAUUAUUGCAGGAAUACUGUCAUUGUGCAAAGUGAUCUUGAUGCAAUGAAUUUAGUUAAUUUCAUUGAUGAAAAUAGGACAGUUGGAGUUUUUCUUGAACAUAAUGAUGAAACUUUUCCUGAAAUUACUGAAAGGUUGGAUUUUGUGGGGGAUUUUGAUGUUCUAAUUGAAUAUGAAGGGGAUAAAGUAGGUGAAGGGAAAGACAGUGAUGUUGAAGUUGAGCAAUAUGUGAGUAGUGAUUCUGAGUAUGAGGAUGAGUUUGUAGAUAGUAACAAUUAUGCCACUGAUGAAGAUGAUUUACUAUUUGAAAAAAAUAUUGACGAUGAUGUGGAAUGGGGGGGACUAGACAUGAGGAAGAAGAAAAAAAUUGGGGAAACUUCUACCACUGAGCAAAUGGGUAGAGAUAAGAAAAGAAAGUCUAGAAAAGAAAAACCAAUUCUAGAUGGGAUGGACUGCAAGCUGGAACCUAAAAAUUAUUCUAGGAAAAAAACCCCAUCUGAACAGGCUGAAAUUGGUGGAGGUAAAGGGAAAAGAAAAUCUGUUGAUUCUAAAAUGUCAAGGAAAGGGAUGAUUAUGACUUGUAAAACAUGCAAGAAGCCUAAUCAUAAUUCAAGGGGAUGCCCAAUGAAGAAAGACUCCACCAUUCAUCUCCAAAACUGGAUCAUAUUUUUAUUGUAUUCUUUCUUAUUUUUGCAUGUAGCCACUCGAAAGAAGAGCAGGAGGGAAAAACAACUUGAACCUAGAACCAACAAUAAAUUGCAGGUCAACAGGUGUGUAGAGGUUUCAAGUCAACAGUCCUCAACAACUGACUUAUUUGAACAAGAUGUGCACAGGACAAAGAAGAUUAUUCAGAAGAUGGUCAAUUCAAAUGUGAAGCUUUUUGGAGAAGCUAUCAAAUUCUCAACAACGCCAGGACAAGGAUCACAUCUUAGGACAAUUUCCACAGAGGAGGAUGCACCACUAUUAGGAUCAUAUUGAUUGUUACAUGGUGCUUUAUGUUUUACUUUGUGGUUCUUUGUUCUUUCAUUAAACUUGUAGUGUUUUGGUAGGUUUUGGACAGUGUGCUCUGAAGUUCUGUGAAUUUUGGUAUGCGACUCUUAAAACUAGUAGUGAUGGAGUUUUGGCAAGUAUGUGGUACUUUUGAUGUGCCAGGAUAUGCCACUCUUAAAACUAGUAGUGAUGGAGUUUUGGCAAGCAUGUAGUAUUUUUGAUAUGGCAGGAUAUG